AUGGAUUUGGAGCAUGUAAAGAGAUUCGUGGAGAAAGAAGGAGGCGAUUAUGAAUCAACAGUUGAUUCAAUGCCCCCAAAUUUCAUAGAGCCAAUGGUUAUGCAAGGCCUCAAAAUCCACCACAUUGAACCCGGCCGUAUCCUUUGCUCUCUCACCGUCCCAGAUCGCCUCCUGAAUUCUGGGAAUUCAUUGCAUGGUGGGGCGACGGCGGCGUUGGUCGACAUUGUUGGAUCGGCUGUAAUAUACACUAUGGGUGCUCCGACCACCGGAGUAUCGGUCGAGAUCAACGUUUCCUAUUUGGAUGCUGCAUAUGCUGGUGAGGAAAUUGAGAUAGAAUCAAAAGCAUUACGUGUUGGAAAGGCUUUUGCAGUUGUAAGCGUCGAGUUUAGAAAGAAAGAGUCGGGGAAAAUUAUUGCUCAGGGGCGUCAUACAAAAUACCUAGCUGUAUCCAGUAAGUUAUAA